CAGUAGCAGCAAGCAGGAAUGGAAAUGGCACAUAAUAUGAGGGGAGUGGUGGCAGUGGCGGUGGCGGUGGUUGUUCUGGUGGUGGCUGUAGGAGGAGGUGGUGGUGGGGUUACGGCACAAGUGCUCCACGUGGUGGGAGGAGAUAGAGGAUGGGAGCCUUCAAAUAUCAUUCAUGAUUGGUGUUCUGGCAGAGUUUUCAGAGUUGGUGACACUGUUUGUUUUGCAUACUCGAUAGGACAGGAUAGUAUCGUGGAGCUGGGAAGCUUGGAGGAAUAUGAAUCGUGCGAUCUAUCAAACCCAAUCAGAAUGUUCACGGACGGUCUGGAUAAGAUCUCUCUUGACGGGGAGGGAAUCAGAUACUUUGCCAGUGGGAACAUAGACAACUGUAGAAAAGGACUAAAACUUCCAGUCAAUGUUCAACCUCAGGUUUAUGGGCCCACAUCGGCAGAAAGCCCAAUAGUAUAUGGGCCCUCUAUGGAAACCGAUCAGGCCCAAAGUCCAGCAAUGGGCCAUGGAUAUGGGCACACAUCCUAUCUUUCUUCAGCAGAAAGCCCAGUCGGAUAUUGGCCCAAGGAUGCAGCAAGCCCAAUAGUAGAUGGGCCCUCUAUGGAAACCGAUCAGGCCCAAAGUCCUUCAAUGGGCCGUGAAUAUGGACCCACAUCCUCUCUUACUUCAGCAGAAAGCCCAUUAAUCUCUGGAUCUGAAGGGCCCACACCAUCUUUACCUUUUACUUUCCAUCAAUUCUGGAAAACCAAACAGAUCAAAAACUCUUUGAUGGAUGGAGCGGAUGGGCCCACAUCAUCUUCUGCUAUGAACUCUCAUAAUGGGCUUCGGAUCAUUGGUCAGAAGAAAUGGGCUAAAGGGCUUUCAGAGAAGGCCACAGAUGGGCCAAAAUCACUCUCUGCUCCAAUCAGUUUAAAUGGGCCUUUCGGACUUUGGGCCGUUGGACUUCUGCUUCAUGUUAUCAACUAUUAUUAGGUGAAGAAUAUUAAGAAGUUGCAGGAUCACUUAUUAAACAAAUAGUAAUCAAUAAGACCAUUAAAAUGGAAGAGAGAUGAGAUCAUUCCUCCAAAUUAAUAAUAAUGUAUGCAUUUAGCACUAUGUUUUAAGAAUUUCAUAACUAAGUACUUUAUGUUUGUAAUAUAUACCUGUUUUAUGUGAAUAAAAUGUUUAAAUUAAUA